AUGCUUCCAAAGGAAUCAAGUUCCUUAAAUCGAACUACUCGAGAAUGGUUAUCCAUGGCACUAAAAUCGAAGUGUGGACAAGAUUAUAUGUGUGCGAUGGCCUAUUUAGUAAAUUCAUAUCCAUUGCACGCUAUUGGAUAUCUUGAUACUUUAAUAUCGUUCGUCUCACCAUCAAAAAAGCGAGACUGUUUCAGAUCGUUGGAUAUAUUAAAUCACCUUUUCAGCAACCUAAUUCCAAAAAAUCGUGCUUUGAUUCCUGUCAAAACUCGACCAUUAGACGUGUUGGAAAAGUUGAAUUCUUCUUCAAAAGAAAAUAUCCUUUGUUUAUGGCAUUUUGAGGAUGAGUUGAAAAAAAUCUACUUGCGGUUUAUCAAGGCAUCAGAGUUGAUAUUAAACAUAAUCAUCAAUAAACUCGGUGAUCGUAGUAAAGAGUUUGCAUCUGCAGUGAUACACAAGUUACGUCUAAUUGCUGGAAUUUCUAGUAAUUUUCUGCAUUUAGUCGUCCAGGAAGUUCGAUCUUUUUUGUUCCGUCCAAAUUUGUUGGAAAGAUCAAAAUAUUAUGCUAUUUCACUGUUGAGUUGUUUGGAAUUGAAGAGUUCAUCUCAUGGAAGUGGGACUAAUGUAACCGUAUCGUCUGUGGCAUCAACACUGAUCAAGAUUUAUAUGUCGUUUUUCCGUUCUUUAGCUAGUUCUAAAGAAAUUCCUGAACGACUAGUUACUGUAUUGCUUAGUGGUUUAUGUAGAGUGACUCCUUUUAUUACUGAAGAAGCAUUUACAUCUAUGUUAAGUGAAGUUGAUGAUCUAUUUCGACUUGUUCACACAACUGGUUUCACUGUAUCUGUUCAAGCAUUGUCUGUACUAUUUCAAAUUUCAACACAUUGUAUUUCUAUACGUGAUCGUUAUUAUCAGGCAUUGUAUAGAAAAUUACUGGAUCCUGCUAUUCAUCAAAGUUCAAAAAAUCCAAUUCUACUACGUUUAAUCUAUCAAAGUAUGAUUAGUGAUGAUGAUACUGAUAGGAUUGCUGCAUUUUUCCAUAGAAUCUUACAAUUAUGUCUUUCACAUACAGAUCCUGGUUUUAUUGUUGGUUGUUUAAUUCUCAUUAAUAAGGUAUCUUUAUCCAAACCAAAUCUCUUGAUAGUUUCUCAAAUCAAUCAAGAUCAAUUGUCAGUUAAUCCGAUGACGAAUUUGGCUAAAUUCGAACAGUCCAAUGGUAACGACGAUGAUGAUGAUGAUGAAGACGAGCAUUUCAGUGAUGCACAUUGCUCUGACGAUGAUGAGGAUGCUAAUGCGGAUGAUAAUGAUCAUGACGAAAGUGUACAAAAAAACAAUGUAAUAAUCAAUGACAAAUCUACACUGAUGACUGAUAAGAAUCAGAAUGUCUCAUCAUGGUAUCAUCGUUCAUUGAGAAAACAACGAAAUAUUCAAAACGUAUUUGGUUAUGGUUAUAAUCCAACUGCACGUGAACCAAAAUUUGCCCAAGCUGCUGGAUGUUUAUUAUGGCCAUUAAAUCUUUUAGCUAAACAUAAUCAUCCUACAAUUAAUUUAUUUGCUAAUUCAUUAUUAAAUCAAUUACCAAUACAAUAUACUGGUGAUCCAUUCAUAGAUUUUGGAUUAAUGCAUUUUUUGGAUCGAUUCUCGUAUAAAAAACCAAAGCUGAAUAAAUUAACAGGAGUAAAAUCAACUGCUGAUGGACCAGUUCAAAAGAGUAUGCUAGCUAUGGAACUGACAUUUUCAAGUACGAAACAAUUGACAAAGAUAACAUGUCUAAUACAUGUCAAUGGGAAGAUAACUAUAUUCUAUGAUGAAAUAGCUUCUGGAAAUCAUGAGACUGAGCUUGAUUCGAAAAUAUACAGUUCGUUCAAAUGUGGAGAAGGUUCACCAGGAUCACUACCCUAUAAUGCUAUACAUGUUCCUGGAUCGUGGAUCCAAAGUAAUACUUUGGUGGAGCUUGAACCAAUGACAAACUUUUGUUCCAGACAACAAUCAAGUGAAUCUUGCAAAGCUGCAUCUAAACCUGGAGUGAUUUGUUACUGGUGCGCAACAGCUGAAAUAUGCAGUAAUGGUCUUGAUACACAUACAGCAGUCUUGAGACAAAAUAAUUGCCAUAAAGAAAUCAUUGAAAAACUAACUGGAGACAACCUUGAAGAUAUUGAUAUACAAGAGAAAAACAAAUAUGAUCCGCAAAUGAAAUUCACCAGUGUGACAUCAUCUACUUGCGCAUGUUGA